AAUAAAUAAUAAAGUAUAAUCCCCCAGCCCAGCGCCGUUGAAACAAUUUUCAUGGUUUGCGCCAAAUGAACUUAAACCUCUUCUUCAAGGUUUUUCGAAAUCCACAGCACCACAAAUCCUUCUUCACUAAUUCCCCGGUGCAUCAUAGAUUAUUCCUCCGUGAGGGCAAAGAGUUGAAGAACAUGAAUAGUGUUUUCAGCGAGCAGAUACUUGCAGACAAGUUGUCCAAGCUUAAUAACACUCAACAAUGCAUUGAAACUUUAUCAAAUUGGUGCGUAUUUCACCAUAGCAAAUCAAAACUGGUUAUUGCCACAUGGAAAAAUCAAUUUGACAAAUCAGAGAUGGUUCAAAGGGUCCCCCUUCUAUAUCUUGCAAAUGACAUCCUGCAGAAAAGCAAGCAUAAAGGGAAUGAAUUUGUGAUAGAGUUUUGGAAGGUUCUUCCUGCAGCACUUAAAGAUGUUGUCAAGCAAGGUGAUAAUCAUGGAAACCAUGUGGUAUCUAGAUUGAUUGAAAUAUGGGAGCAAAGGAGAGUGUUUGGAUCUCGGGCUAGAAACCUUAAAGAUCUGAUGCUUGGAGAAAAUGCACCUCCAUCAUUGGAAUUUGGCAAAAAACGGUUACGUUCUAAACUGUCCAUAGGAGAUACAGCAGAAAAAAUAGUGUCUGCAUUUCAUGUGGUGCUUAGGGAACAAUCUGUUGAAGAUAUAGAGAUGAGUAAAUGCAAGACUGUUGUUCAGCGUGUGAGGAAGAUGGAAAAAGAUGUUGAUAUUGUGUGCAUUGCUGCCAAAGAUCCUAAGAGAAAAACUUUGGCAAAGGAACUAGAGGAGGAGGUAAAUCUUUUGAAACAAUCCAUAGAAAAACUUAAGUUGAUUGAAGCAAGUAGAGUAGCGCUUGUGUCUCAGUUAAAAGAGGCUUUGCACGAGCAGGAAUCUGAACUAGAGAAUAUUCGUACACAGAUGCUGGUUGCUCAAGCACAAGUAGAAGAGGCUUGCAACAUGCGGAAGCUACUUGAUAAUGAAACCACUGCAAAAUCAGCUGCAGCAAUUGCUGCUGAGGUUGCAGAUAAGCUUGCAGCUUCUUCGUCAUCACAAUUGAUCAUGGCUUCUGUUCUCUCAACAUUUGCAGCAGAAGAGGCAAAAAAUGCCAAUCUAACUUCUGAGUCCACAUCAAAACAUGAGAGUUCAAUGCCUAGCUCAGAUCCCCACGUGUUUAUGUCACCACAACAGUUGAUUGCUACACCAAACCAUUCAUAUUCAACUUUGGUAGCCCAACCACCCUUGCAGGAUGCUGCCCCUUCGCCACAAGGUCAAUAUCACAUGCUUGGUAAUCCAUCAUCCCAGCAAUACGUGCAGUCAACAGGAGGGAUCAUCUCUUCAUAUAGUUAUGGUAGCAUCUCAUCAUUACCACCGGUACCACCCCCACCCCAUGUGGUGCCUUUGACACAUCAAACCAUGCAAAUAACGCCACAUCAACCAAUACCAAUAACUCAGCAAGCCCCAGUACCUCCUAGUUUCCGGCCUCUUCAACCACCAGCAAUGGUGUACUAUGCUAAUAAUCAUCAACAUUCAAUUUGAGACCUACAGUAAGUCAACUAUAGUCAACAUUAAUUUACUUAAACAAGCGAAUUCUAGAGAUUUGGAAUUUUUUUUUUGUGCCAGUGCUACAUUGGAACUGGAGCUGGAAAAUGUUGAAGCAAGACUAUCACAUGUAUCCCUGGGACGUGAAAGGAAAUUAACCUGUCCACAGAUUUUAAAGAGUUACAAAUUCACUAGACCCUAAAGCGAACAAAGAUCUCAUGAACCAGGGACGGAUUCCUUCCCCCUAAAAAUAUAUAUAAAAUAAAAGAACAUAAUCAGAAUAAAGUAAAAGUGUUUUGACAGAAAACUAUUUAAUGUAAUGUCCUAUAUUGGGACAAUCAAAUAAAUCAUCGGCCACAUUCCUACGGACAAGAUUGGUCACCAUCAAAGCCAUUCAAAGCAGCUCUGCGUAUCUGUAGGCAGUCCCCCGAUUUUGCAAAGAAAAUUCAGUCAAAGGAUCAAGGGUGUUUAUGAUUUGUAUUGAUUCGAGUUAAUGAUAAGAUAAAGUUCAAUUUGAUUUUAUUAAUUGGGUUGUUUUGAUUUGGGUUUUAA